AUGGGUUGUAUCGGAUGUGGCCGCUGCUGUAUGCCGACAUUUUCUAUUUUAAUACUUCUCGCACUUGGAGGAGCCGUUGCAACAAUAAUUAUUACAACGGAUCAACUAACUUUUUAUGAUUGGACUUCACAGAUGUACAAUUACGUUUUUGCAUUAGUAAUACUUGGCUUAUUCUUGCUUUUUACAAUAAUUUCUAGCUUUUAUGGAUUGUGUAUGUGCUGCAGAACUGGCAAAGGCUGUCAAACAACUUUUAUUGUAUUAAUUGUCAUUUCAUUGCUCUUUGCAUUAAUGAUUCCAAUCAUUGCUUAUGGUUUUCCUGAUUUUCUUAUUGCAGAUAAAGAUCUUUGGAAAAGAGUUGAGAGUACAGCAAAUCCUACAGACCUUAAAACAAUUGUUUCAAUCGAAAAUAGUUUCUUGUGCUGCGGAUAUGAGUACACAGAUGAUUGGGAUAAAAUACGCUGUGCAGCUUAUUUGACAAAUAAGGAUUUCAUGAAUAAAUGGAUAAAUUCCAGAAUUUAUGGCUGUAAGAUAGAAUUAAUUAACUAUUAUUCAGAUCAAAUACUUUAUUGUUCAUUAUUUGUAGGUGGUAUCGCUAUGUUCUUGUUUGUUUUAUUAGCUUUUGCAAUCGGAUCUUGUUGCACCCCGCAAAACGAAGCUUCCGUCAUUUCUGUUGUUGAAGAUGACCGUGAAAUGCACAAACAGCUCAUUUAA